AUGUCGCAAGGCGCAACACUCAUCCGAAACCGCUCUCACACGAUCAUGCGGGAGGUUCACCAUAAGGGUGUCGGAGUCGAAGACGACGAGGACGCGAACGGUACCGCUCGGCUACUCAUACGCCAGUCCAACGAGAGUCCUCGGAGAUUGACAGCUGAGGAGCGCCGCCUGAGCCAGAUGAUCCUCAGCACACAGAUGCGCAGUAUGCGCCUCAUUGGUAACAGCAACCCGCGGUAUCAUUGGGACCGCUACUGGAAGACCCAGGAGCAGCUCAAGUCCAUGCCAAAACCCGUCCGCCAGUACUAUGAGCGGAGCAAUGAUCUUAUUCGCAUGUACUUGUACAUCGACCAGCUCCUCGAAUCCUCCGUUCCCCAUGACCUCCUCAACGAAUAUUGCGAGUCCCUCAACGCCUCCGCCUUUCGCCCCAUAGAUGUUCCUCACACCAUCUCCGAGGGGCCUCCCACUCCCCUGGACGCCUCUCCCAACAGCCCCAGCCAGCUCGCCAGCCUGGCGGCGCCAGAGAGUGAGCUGAACAGCACCAGCGCUGUCAGUUUUGCCAAUGAUACCUCCAAAAAGAAGCUGCCGAAGCGCAAUCCCAGGGAAAUCUUUCGGUCCACGGAGACGACUCCUCUUCUUUCUGCCGUGAAUCGGGACCAGGUCAUCCAUGACGAAGAAGACAGCCUCUUAGACGGAGAUUACCCCAAGCCUGAGAUCCCUUGGCUUCAGGACUCUGACCUGGACAGCGACGACCACGUCGUGACGCUCGCCAUUUGGGUCAACUUCAUCACAAACGCUGUUCUCCUUCUUAGCAAGAUCGUCGUCGUUCUUUCCGUCCCCUCCAUCUCCGUUCUCGCCAGCGUUGUCGAUGCUGCUCUCGACUUUCUCAGCACAGCGAUUGUCUGGACAACCACGCGCUUGAUCGCCGCGAGCCAGAAUGACCGGCAUCGCUAUCCAGUCGGCCGGCGCUGUCUUGAGCCCGUUGGUGUGCUCGUGUUCUCUAUUGUCAUGGUCACAUCUUUUUGCCAGGUCUUCCUCGAGGCGAUUCAAAGGCUCGCCUCCCCAGACCACUUCAUUGUCGAGCUUGGAAUUCCCGCCCUCACCAUCAUGAUCGGCACGGUUGUCAUCAAGGGGGCCUGUUGGCUCUGGUGCCGCAUCAUUAAGAACUCCUCCGUCCGCGCUCUCGCCGACGACGCCGUGACCGACGUCAUCUUCAACGCCGGCUCCAUCUUCUUUCCAAUCGUCGGCUUCUACGCUAAGAUAUGGUGGAUGGACGCCCUAGGCGGCCUCCUUCUGUCUCUCAUUGUCAUGGCCAACUGGAGCCAGACCUCGAUGCACUAUCAAAUUCAAAACCUGCGCGCCUACCACGUAGGCGACAAACUCUUCGUCGAGCUCGACAUUGUCCUCUCGGCCAACAUGCCUCUCAAAGACAGCCACGACCUCGGCGAGGUCAUCACGUACUUCCUCGAGGCCGUCCCGGUCGUCGACCGGGCGUUCGUCCACGUCGACUACGCCACCUACAAUCUACAGACACAUAUCAACACCUAA